AAAAAAAAACUACACCGCUCAGACAGCAAUUACGGAUUCUUGGCCAGCCGUCCAACAGACUCGUAGGAAUGAAAUAAAUAGCUGAAAUGUUUUCCAAACGAUGCUGAUCGUGAAAGUAUAUCACCACAGCCGUGCGCACUGCGGAUCGAACCGUUUAAUCGCCACAUAGGUACUGAUUUUUCCCAUAGACUUCUGUUGAAGGUACCAUACGCAAUCGCCCUUGCGCUGUUGGAUCGCGGUGAUAUCGACCAAUUCAUUCCCGCCCUAUUGUCUACGUCAGUACCUUAAAAGUUUUCCCUAACGUGCUUAUCAGUUGUGUGGUUCGUAAAAAAAAGAAGCUUACUACAAUGCUACCAUUAACGCAUAAAGAUUCACGUGGAUGCGGCUACCGGAUACGGGAAAAGUUCAACAGUUGGAGCCGGCUCAUUCUGUCGGAUCGCAAUUCGCGUAACUUGUUUCUAUUUCUUCUGCUUAAUUUAAGCUUUGCUUUCGUCGAACUAAUGUAUGGAAUAUGGACGAACAGUUUAGGUUUGAUCUCCGAUUCGUUCCACAUGUUCUUCGACUGUACCGGGCUGUUGGCCGGUUUGGCUGCGUCCGUUAUUACCAAAUGGCGUGCAAACGAAAAGUAUUCCUACGGGUACGUUCGUGCUGAAGUGCUCGCCGGGUUUGUCAACAGUCUCUUUUUGCUGUUCAUCGCCUUCUUCAUCAUGUCCGAGGCAGUAGAACGUGCUAUAGAGCCACCGGAAGUGAAACACGAACGAUUGUUUGUCGUAUCGGUGCUCGGACUGUUGGUAAACUUGGUCGGUAUCUAUGCAUUCCAGCACGGUGGAGCACACGGACAUUCGCAUGGCGGCGGUGGUGGCCACGGGCAUUCGCACGGCGGCGGAGGUGGUGGAAGUCAUGGACAUUCCCAUGGUGGUGGUAUGAAUCAUCACAGUCACGAUACUCACAGCCUGCUGUCCAACCACAACGAUCACCAUGGGCAUUCGCACGGUGGCAGUGACCACCAUCACAGCCAUGGAGGGGGAGAGAUCGUGUCCACCAACUCGCAGAUCAUGCGCGGCGUCUUCCUGCACAUUCUAGCCGAUACGCUCGGUUCGGUUGGCGUUAUUAUAUCGGCUGUGCUGAUGCAGGUGUUUGGAUGGAUGAGAGCCGAUCCCAUCUGCAGCAUGUUCAUUGCGCUCACGAUCGGUCUUAGUACGCUUUCGCUGAUCAAAGAAUCGGUCAUGGUGCUGAUGCAGCGCCAGCCGGUGGCGCUUGAUCGAUUACUGCCGUCCUGCUAUCAGAAGGUGACCGGGCUGGCAGGCGUGUACAGCGUACAGGAGCCACAUUUUUGGACCCUCUGCACCGACGUGUACGUCGGUGUCAUCAAGUUGGAGGUAUCGAAAAACGUUGAUCCCAAGUACGUGGUACAGCAUACGCGCAUGAUCUUCGAAGCGAUCGGCGUGCGGCAGAUAAACAUACAGCUGGACUACACUGCAAUGUGAUAAUCCCGCGGUGUAGAACGCGUAUCGGACUGAAUGCUGCAAGAUGCGUGACGCUGCAAAUCUCCGGUUGUCUGUAAUGUUCGGUUCCAGCCUGUAUUCCUGUCCGGACACCACCGCAUUCGCUGUGCUGUUUUGGUACUGUUUUCUUCCUCUACGCCACUACCCUGUUGGCUGGAGUUUCCAUGUUUUUCGUUUAGAUUUUAUUUCAUAGGGCCGCCACCUAGUGGGAGAAGUAUUGCAAACAAACAUUUCAGACGUUCGUACGAGGUAGAAUAUAACUUAAGUCUUGUUUUACAAAACAA